GUGAGGGGAGACUGAAACACUGAAUCAGGAGAGAGAGCGAGAGAGAGAGAGAGAGAGAGAGAGAGAUUGGACUGGCGGAGACCCGUCCGCUGAUGAGCGCCUGUUUCCUCUUUGCCUCUAAACGCAGUGCAUAAGGGUUUUAGCACUUUUUAGAGAGAUGAGCUGCUGUUUUGUUUUCUAUAAGCAGUGUAACUGAGUCGUGCUUCCGUCGUCUCUUCCUCGCAACCCCCAAUGCGGAUUUAAUCAUCCUGAAAACGUCAAUCUCUCCUCAGAGAGGUUCAGCACAUCGGACAGCGGCAGCGGCGAGACUCUGUCAACCAGCAAAUUGAAAAGACAACCUGUGGCUUCCUAUCCAAGCAUCGUCAUUUACAGGACUUACAGUCUCAGCUAGGAUCAGUAGCAGAGAAGCUGAACCAAGUUCUUUAGCAUACAUUGCAAGCUGCACUUCCUCACUGUUAAGUCUAACUGUGCCAGUGUGACCCUGGGGCCUGCCAGCUCAGCCAUGCUGUUUAUCUGGGUCAGCUGACACAGAUGAAUGGGUCUAUGUCUGUCAGAUGAGGUUCAGGCAGACGUUGCAGUUUUCUUUAGUGAAAGAUACAUGUGUGCAGAUACUCCAUUGCACCACCUCAGAGGUGCUGACUGAUGUGAAAGGCUCAGCCAUGGAGGCUCAGAGCUGCAUGAAACUGUCAAAACACUGAAGGAGUAAGAAGGCACACCCGACUCCAUGGAACUCCGCUGAAAGUGCACAAGGGUAGCAUUGCAUCAACAAGAUUUAUCCAUUUUUCAUAGUACAUACUUGCACCAUCAUCAAUGGAUAAUUAAACUUGGUUGAACAUUAAAUAAUCCUGUAUUUACCUUUGGGCUUUAAUAGGAGUACAAUUCCUGUUUAUUAUUCCUUUUUAAUUGGGUAAAUUAACACAUUGUGUAGUGAGAGCAGAGGGACCCUCACCAUGGUUUUGCCGCCCCCUGACAAGCGGCACGUGUGUCUAACCACCAUUGUCAUCAUGACUAGUAUGGCUUUCAUGGAUGCUUACCUGGUGGAGCAGAACCAGGGUCCACGGAAGAUUGGUGUUUGCAUCAUUGUCCUGGUGGGGGACAUCUGCUUCCUCAUAGUUCUCCGCUACGUUGCUGUGUGGGUCGGGGCUGAGGUUAGGACUGCAAAACGUGGCUAUGCCAUGAUCCUCUGGUUCCUUUACAUCUUCGUUCUGGAAAUCAAGCUUUAUUUUGUGUUCCAGAACUACAAGGCUGACCGCAAGAGCCUGGAGACUGUAGCUCGAAAAGCUUUGACUCUGUUGCUUUCAGUUUGUGUUCCAGGGCUCUAUCUUGUCCUGGUUGCCCUGGACAGCAUGGAGUAUGUUAGAACUUUCCGUAAGAAGGAAGACAUGCGUGGUCGAUUGUUUUGGGUGGCACUAGACCUUUUAGACGUGCUAGACAUCCAGGCCAACCUGUGGGAGCCACAGCGAACUGGGCUGCCCAUCUGGGCUGAAGGGCUAAUGUUUUUCUACUGUUACAUACUGCUACUGAUUCUACCAUGUGUGUCUCUGAGUGAGAUCAGUGUGCAGGGUGAGCAUGUGUCUCCGCAGAAAAUGAUGCUGUACCCUGUGCUCAGCCUUGUCACCAUUAACAUUGUCACCAUUCUCAUCCGUGGGGUCAACAUGGUACUGUUCCAGGACAGUCGUGUCUCCACAAUAUUUAUUGGCAAGAAUGUAGUUGCCAUAGCCACCAAGGCCUGCACAUUCCUGGAGUACCGGCGACAAGUGAAGGAGUUUCCACCACAAGAUCCUGCAGGCAUUGCUAUGGAGAUCCAGCAGAACUCAGUUCCGCAUAACCAAACUCUGCCAAACACUACAACGAACCUGCCAGAAGAGCCAUCACCACCCCGUGAGGUCAUUGACACGUGACCAAAGCUGACAUAGACAUUAUACAUUACCUGGACAUCGUAAACUGACUAUGGCUUGGUCUUUAGGCAGGAUGAAAUAAACCAUUAUUGACUGUUCUAGUUCAGGGAAUAGCUAAGGAAUAUUCUUGACUCCUUUGGACUAGAUUAGCUUGAUGUUCAAAAUUAAGAUUCCUUUUUUAAGAGUAUUUUUAUCUUUUUUGUUGUAAAGUUAAUGCUCAGUGACAAGUCACAGCCAAAUGAAAGUGAAUCCUUGAAAUUUGUAAGUGAAUCCACAAUUUUUCAAAAAUUGUUUUAAUCAUGUUACAUGUGGGAUGAAUUUUUGAUGACCCCAGAAGCAUUAAUAUUGCACACAGAAUUGAAUGAGAAGAGCAAAUAUGUCCUGGCCUGGCUGGAUAUGCAGCUAUUACUAAAGCGUCAACUAUGAAGAUAUGUUAACAUAAACUCUUAAAAAAGAUCUAGAGGGGUUUGUGGGGUUCCAGACAUAACCAUUUAAGAAUGGUAGGUUUUUUACCUCUUCAGUCAUGACUUACAGUUCUUUGUAGUAUGUGGAUGUGAGGAUCUAUGUCAUCAUUACAUAACAUUAAUAUUUAAAGAAUUAUUAAGCAUUGAGAGAAACGGAACCACUUCUUGGAUAAUUCUGUAUGGAGCUAUCUAUCCUAUUCCUACACUUUGAUGUAUGUCCUGGAGGCUACACAAUGGUUGUUGGCCAUCUUUACCAACAUAAAAAUAAUUCUGAACUUCAUACAACAACACUGGCAUAACUACUGGGAGCAUUGUGGGUGCCCCUCAUAUUGGUACUGACACAAACACUACACAGGAAGUCCUGAUGUCUAUUCAACUUCCUUUUAUUUAUAACGCCAUCAAUGGUAGUGGCCUUACAACAGCUCCUUUACAACAUACAACAGGAUUAUUAUUUAAAAUUACAAGAAAUCUAACAUAAAUAUUUAGGUUAUGUGCUACGUGGUAGUGGGUAGAGUGCCAAAUUGUUUGAAACAUAACAAUAGCAAGUAAAUUGUCAAUAAUGCUUCAUGCUUCCAAAGUGCCAAGAAUUUGUCAAUCUAUAUAUAUAUAUAUAUAUAUAUAUAUAUAUAUAUAUAUAUAUAU